AGCACACGCACAUCCAUCAGACGUACGGGAACACAUGAACACAUGACAGCGGCGGCAGCACAGCGGCUUUAAGGGAUGGAUCACCUUAACUCCACCCACCUCUCCACAAACCAAUCAGACUUCAGCAGCACCUUCACCACCCAGGUGCUCCCACCGCUCUACCUGGUCAUCUGCGUGGUGGGCGUGUCCCUGAACGGGGUGGCGGCGUGGAUUUUCUUCCGAGUGCCCAGCGACUCGGGUCUGGUGGUGUACCUGAAGAACAUGGUGGUGGCCGACCUGCUCAUGCUCCUCAGCUUCCCCUUCAGGCUGGCGGCUCAGCUGGGGCUGGGCGGGUGGCGCCUCCACGUGGUCAUCUGCCGCUACGUCGCCGUGCUCUUCUACUCCUCCAUGUACGUGGGCAUCGUCUUCAUGGGCUUCAUCAGUCUGGAGCGCUACGUGAAGAUCGUCCGUCACUCCUGCUCCUGUACGUCCAGGGUGGGCGGAGUCACCUCUCUACACAUCCUCCAGAGCCCGGGCUUUGCCAGGGUGUUGGCGCUCCUCACUUGGGCCCUCCUCUUUCUCAGCGUCCUGCCCAACGUCCUGCUGACCAGCCGUCCCGCCAACCAGGAGAACUCCCGCCACUGCAUGCAGCUGAAGACUCCCCUGGGGGUCCAGUGGCACCGGGUGUCCACCCUCUUCUGCGUCAGCCUCUUCUGGAUCACAUUUCUGAUCCUCGCGUUCUGCUACACCUCCAUUUCGCACCAGGUUUACAAGUCGUACCGCCGCGUGCGCCGGGACAGCGCCGACGUCUGCCGCAAAUCCAACCGCAGCAUCUUCAGCAUCCUGGCCGUGUUCUUCGUCUGCUUCGUACCCUACCACGUCUGCCGCGUGCCCUACACCCUCAGCCAGAUGCCGGCGUCGGGCUUCAGCCACAUGGACCGUUUCCUGCUGUUCCAGUUUAAAGAGGGAACCCUGUUUCUGUCGUCCCUCAACGUCUGCCUGGACCCGCUCAUCUACUUCCUGAUGUGCCGGACCUUCAGGGAGUCUCUGCUGAGGAAACUGUCAGGACGAAGGGAGAGGAGGAGGUCCCUGACCACCGCCCAGAGCCUCACCAACAUUUAAGGAGGAAACUGUCAGAACUAAGGGAGACAAGGAGGUCCUUGACCACCGCCCAAAGACUUACCAACAUCUAAGGAGGAUAACACCAUUCUUUGGAUGAUUCUGAGGGUUAGGAUAAGGGCUGGGUAUCAAACUUACAGAUAGUUUUUUUGGUACCAAUCGAAUUGUCCAGAAUAUCAAUUACUGCAAAGAGGCUUUUCGUUGUGGAUGUUCAGAAAAAAAACAAUACUUAACUAACUUAAGUACCAAUAUUUUAUCCCAUAAUAUAAAACUCUAUUCUGACAUUAGUCUUUAUUGUUUUGGAUCCCAGACCCUGUUAGAAAAGAACCACCUGGAUUCAGUGGGUCCACAGACUGUGGUCCAUGUGUGGAUGAGUUAUGUAAUUAUGAUAUGAGGAGAACCAUAUGUUAACAUACAACUUGGAGUUUUAAUAUAUAGGUAUUUUUUUAAGGUUGUAGAUCUGUUUUCAUUGGAAAAAUGCCAAAGUAAGUAAAUAAAUGAGUGAACAUAUUGUGACAAUACCCAACAUUAACAGAGAUGCGACUGUAGACGUUUGCAUUUCAUGUGCCGUUAUUUUUCAAGAACUGAAUGACUCAACAAAUGAAUGUGACAUCUGGUAGAAGACGGAAUGAAAUCGAAUAAAAAAAAAAAAAACACAAAAAAGGGAAAGAAAAAGUGAUGACUGGGUUUGGAGGCACGGAAGUGAAAGUGGA